CUUCACUCGCAAAGCAAGACAACUAGUUACAUCAACCGCAUUUCCGAGCAGCAAUUCUGCAAAAGCGUCCGAAAAGCGGAGAAGAAACAGCAAAACACGUGUCCGCUGGAGGAGUGCCUGCGGGAUUUUGCAGUUGAGAAUUUCUGUUGCUUGUUCGCAAACCUUUUACCAGUCGAGAACAUGGUGAUGCUGGUGGAGUAUCUGCUGCGGAUCGGAAGGUGCGGAGGUGGAAAUGAAAACCAUCAAAACGACUUUCUUACAACUACAGAAUGUAGCAGCAGCACAACUGCCGGAUUUUUCUCAACCACCGGCUUGAACUACACUCCGGCGCGCGGAUCGACCAUGAGUAAUGCAUCCACUUCUGGAUUGAAAAAACGAAGAGCCUCGACCUCGACGACCUUGUCGGAGCAUUCGGCGUAUCCUAGGACAGCCGAAACACAAAAGUUGCAGGGCUAUAAAUUGCCAGAGCAUGAUCAUGAUCUACUUCACGGGGGCCAGGAGGCUGACACAGAAUUGUCAACAAGAAGGACAAGCCACAGACGGUCUUCUUUCUCCGU